AUGUCUGCCACUAUUGCACAACCUACCACCAGAGCUUCAAGGCGCUCGUCCAAACAAUUACAACAACAACAAUCACUCAUCAAUCAGAACCAUAACCAUAACCAUAACCAUCAUCACCAUCAUAGCCAACAACAAAAUGCUAGAACUAUCCCCCUCUCACCUCUUUGUACAGCUACUCAAACAGGCUAUGGAAACUUACCAAGUCCCAUUGCAAUCAAGCAAGAGCCUUUGCUUUACUCCCCACAGGAGCAACACAUUAACAUCAACAACAUCAACAUCCAUACCCAACAACAACAAUCUCAUCUCUUUCCAAAUACUUCUUCAUCUCCAGUAUCAACAUCCUCAAUCCUUAAUGCAGCUGACUUUAGUCCCUUGAUGACUCAGUCCCCGGGUCUUGCUGUAAAUAUUACAGCCGGUUUUAAGUCAAUGUCAGCAAAUACAUCUCCUCCAACGCCAACAUCAUGCGCAGGACUUUCUCCAGAUGAAUUUACAACUCCUCUAACAGUACAAGUCUGUGGAGUGAGUCAACAACAACAACAACUACAACUUGACAACCAGCAGCAGCAGCAACAACGGCAACAGCAGCAACUACAACAACAACAACAGCAGCAGCAGCAGCAGCAGCAGCAACAACAACAACAAAAACAAAAACAGCAAAAACAAAGCCAGUUCUCUCAAUCGGCUCGUCGGGUAUCUGGGUGUGCUGGUUCCCGACCUAGACGUAGCUGUGUUGGGUCUACCACUACUACUACUAACACUACCACCAACACCCCUACAAAUUGUUGUUCCCCCUCCUCCUCUUCUUCUUGUUGCACCACCACCAAAACUGCUAAAUCGUCAGCUUCUUCAACGGCUUCAUCCGCAACAAGCACCCCAUCCUCAACCACAUCUACAACAACUGUCACUGGAAAACGUAAGUCUGGGUCUCCUGCCAUGGACCCAGUCACCGGAAAACCUAAAACGACAAAAAGAAGACCUCAUAGCAAGUCGCGACACGGCUGCAAGACGUGCAAACGUCGCCGCGUCAAGUGCGAUGAAACUCACCCCAUCUGCAACAACUGUAAACAUCUCAACCUAGAAUGCUCAUUUGCUGGUAAUUCUCUUUUCCCCUUUGUCCAAGGCGGACUCAACAUUAUGGACAUUCGUCUCUUCCACCAUUAUACUACUGUCGUCUGGAAAACAAUAGUCUCAGCUGGUAUCUCAAAUGAAGCCAUCUGGGCUCAAGAUGUCCCUCAACUGGCUUUUGAGCAUCCUUAUCUCAUGCAUUCGGUCCUCACUUUUGCCGCAAACCAUUUUUCUCGUUCCCACCAGGGUGCAAAUCAUGACCCAGCUACACUUGAACAGGUUGUCACCUUUCAUCGUGGUGACGCUCUCCGUCUUCUUGGCGAAGCUGUCCGAUCAGUAACGCCAGAAAACCUUGACGCUUUAGUUGCUUCAUCCAUUCUCCUUAUCCUUGACUCACUUGCGAAUGCUUCCCAGCCUGACGAACAAUCUGCUUCUUCUCUUCCUGCCUCAGCUUGGCUUCAUCACGUGCGGGGCGCAGCAACCAUUCUCACUGCUAUUGGCCCACCAAGCCCUGACUCGCGAUUUUUCAACCUUGUUAAUGUUGAUCUUAGCGAUCUUGCUCAGGGUCUUAUGUCCACCAUUCCUGGAAUCGAUGUUGUUGCUUCUCUAGAAUGUUUUGAUGAAGAUCUAAGAGAUCUUUAUCCCGUAAACGUCUCUUCUCCGUAUUACCAUGCUCUGGUCUAUCUCGACAAGCUUUUCCGUCAACGUUACAAGUCAGACUUCAUUCUUCGCGUCUUUUCUUUCCCUGCUCUGUUAGACAGAAAUCUCGUCACCAUGCUCAUUAAUGGUGACGAGUCUGCUAAGAAAAUCAUCCGAGUCUAUUAUAAGCUUGUCCGCUCUUUCACCUCGGAAAUGCACCAGUCGGUGUGGUUCCUCGAAGGUGUUUCCAAAGUUCUUCCUAUUGAUAUGGAUAAAGAGUUUGGUGGUUUGGGUUUUAUUACUCAAGCUCUUCCACUUAAACUGCCUACCGUGGAUGAGUUUAUGGAGUCAUUCUUUAAAACUUCUUCUACACAACAACAAUCACAACAGCAGCAGCAGCAGCUACAACAACAUCAACAGUCUCAAUCGUCGAUUCAAUCAUCGGCAAUUUCGGCCUCUAAUGCUGCUACUGCUACUCGAAACAUCCGGCGCACAAAAGCUAAUACAUCUACCAAACCCCGAUCACAUCAACAUCAGGGCUCGAAUUCCACACCAAUUCUCAUUUCUGAUUCUCCUGCUUCUCAGGAUACAACGGAUCUUGGAACUGCCACUGGGACUCACACAGACCUUGAUUCGGCCCCAUUCUCGCUUGAUCUGCUUUCAAAUGAUGCUACUGCAGCUUCUGAACUUGAAAGCUUUGCAAGCCAAUUUAUGCUUCAAGCUACUACUGGUCCUGUAAGUCACGGCACAGCUGCCACUGGAACAUCCACAGCUACUUCCAUCCAGCUCCCCUCCCAACCUCUCACUGCCACAGGCAUAAUGUCCUCACAAGGCCAGCCCAAUCAGGACUUACUUGUUGGUCCCCACUCUUCGCCUUCAAUGUCUUCUUCCUCUCCCCUUAGUCUUGAUAACGACUAUGGAAUUCCUGGUGGUCCAGACACGUCAGGCUCGAGUACCAGUAGCAACAACAGUUUGAGCUCAAACGAGCUUCACUCGAGACAUGGUACGCCUGUUUUCCCUCCCGUGACAACAACAACAACAACAUCCAACUUUGGCGCUAUCCCCCACAAACUUACGACCUUAAUGACCCCUCACGACGACGCCAUGAAUUCCUUUAAAUUUAAUGAACACCAUCUACACUCCUCUUUUGACAAGAACCCCAAUGCGCGGGCCGCGGCGGGUGCGUCCCCGGCUGAACUCUCGCUGGACGGGUGCGCGACCAUAACGCCGAGCAUGUUGACUGUGGAUGAAACCAAUUUUCUCAUCAAGUACGAAAAGUCUUAA